UUCUGAUAUACAUUUAUCUUAUUAAAAAGAUUUAGAUUUUUCAUUUUACAAAAUGUUCUUAGAUAAGUAUUAGAAACUAAGAAGUAAUGAAAAUGUGUUUUAUACUUGUUAUCAAGUUCACUCUUCUUUAUCCCUUUCGCAAAAUACAAAUAAUACAAUUGGCUCUGGAUUCUAAAACUUCGUAACUGAAUGUAUACGGUAUAGACUCAGUAUUCAACCUAAAUAAAUCCAAAAGGCAGUAAGAAUGUGUUGGGGACGAUAGAUCCCCAAACUCAUAUUUUUAAAUUUUGUCUUAUCGAUCAUCGAAUCGAUUAAAUGUUAGAUAUUUUUAUUGGGGUCAAUUCAUGAACUAUCGAUUAAAGGCGCAAAUAGAUCAAUUGAUGAACUAUCGAUUAAAUGUACAAAUAGGUCAAUUGAUGAACUAUCGAUUAAAUGUUCAAAUAGCAGUCAAUCGUUGAUUAAUGUUCAAAAAUCUUCCAUGACAAUAUCGAUUGUAAAUAUUUGUAUAAAUACGCUUGACUUGUAUGCUUGAUCUGCCUGCCUGACUUGUUAUCUGCUGUUUGUCUGUAGAAUACACUUUCUACACCUUACCCAGACUUCUUGAUCGAGUUAGCAGAGUUGGGGACAACGAACCAGAAUAGGCUAUCGAGUCGCUGAAUCAUUGAUCCUUCGUUCGUUCGAGUAAGACGCAUCAGUAAUAGCAUUCAAGCAAUAACGAAACAUAACAAAUUGGCGACGGUGGUUUUGAAUUAUGGACCCUGCCAAACUUGAACUGUUACUUGAACAGCAGCUAAAAUUGAUGCAAAUGUUAAUGGAGACCAAGGUUACGCCUCCCUUACAGCCAAGCACGUCUAGUUCAACCACGGUACCAUCAGUAGAUGGCAUCGCAAAUAGCAUAGCUGAAUUUCAUUACGAUCCUGAUUCUAAUGUUACUUUUGAGAUGUGGUUCAGGCGAUAUGAAGAUCUAUUUAAAUUUGAUUUCGCCAAUCAAGAUGAUGCUUGGUAAGUGCGGCUGCUACUUCGUAAACUGGGUGUAAAUGAGCUGGACAAGUAUUGCAAUCUGAUCCUGCCGUUGAACCCACGAGACCGAUCAUUUGCAGACACAAUUCAAACAUUAAGCCAACAUUUUGGCGAUAACUCGUCACUGUUUAAUACUCGUUAUCGUUGCUUGAAGCUAACUAUGAACGAAGAUGAUGAUUUUCUUACGCAUGUGGGCGUCGUCAACCGCGAAUGCGAACGCUUCCGGUUAAAGUCCUUGACUGAAGAUCAGUUUAAGGCCCUGAUACUUAUUUGCAGCCUACAGCACCAAAAGUUCAGUGACUUACGAACAAGGCUAUUAAGUCGUUUAGAUCAAGAGCCAAAACUCACCCUGAACUAUAUAGCUAAUGAAUAUCAACGUCUCAUCAAUCUGCAACGAGACACUUCUAUGGUCCAGAGUGGUGGAUCUAGCCGAUUUGAAGUACGAGCGGUGCAACAGACACCUCGCAAAAACAAACACGUCCCCGCUUCAUCCAGUCCAUCUCACUCCAGCUCUAGACGACAGACUAAAGCAACUCCUCCUGCUCCUUGCUGGCAAUGUGGUGCAUGGCACUACGUUCGAAACUGCCCAUUUAAUCAACAUCGAUGCAAGAAGUGUAAGGUUAUUGGUCAUAGGGAUGGUUUUUGUCUGACGAAGAAGACUCCAAGUCAAUCCAGAAAUACCAAAAAGACCCUUCCUAGAUCCCGCACCAAUUCAUUGAGCUUAGUAUCUUCGUGUCAAAGCUCAUCACCGUGUCAGAGAAAAUUUAUUACUGUUAACAUUAAUGGGCAUUCAUCUAAAUUGCAAAUAGAUACAGCAUCAGAUGUCACUAUCCUUUCUCGUAAGACUUGGAUCAAAAUGGCCAGCCCAAACUUGCAGCAUACAACGCAAAAGCCUCGUACUGCGUGUGGUAACUACCUUCACCUGCUAGGACAAAUGGAAUGUACAGUCACUUUCCGUGAUUUGGCAUUUGUUGGGGUAUGCUACAUAACGCCAGCUGACCUAAAUUUGCUCGGGUUAGAUUGGUUCGACCACUUAAAUUUAGCUGAUGUCCCGUUGAAUACCAUAUGCAACCUGGUAUCACAACCCCAACUACGACAACAACCACACGACUUGGAAGUUUAUACGAGGAACUUAAUGACGCAGUUUUCAACUAUUUUCCAACCUGGAUUGGGUCGCUGCUCUGCCAUGAAAGCAACACUUCGAUUGAAAACUGGGGCUAAGCCUGUUUUUCGCCCAAAGAGACCUGUCCCUUAUGCAACAUUACAAACAGUAGAUGAAGAAUUGAAUCGCCUUCAACAACAAGGAGUUAUCACUCCCGUUUCCUACUCUGCAUGGGCAGCACCUAUCGUGGUUAUUAAGAAAGCCAACGGCACGAUACGUAUAUGUGCUGACUUUUCAACAGGUCUCAAUGCAGCUCUGGAACAACAUCAUUAUACCCUGCCUGUUCCCGCAGACCUAUUUACCAUGCUGAAUGGGGGAAGAUUUUUCGCUAAGCUGGAUCUAGCUGAUGCUUAUUUGCAAGUGGAAGUAGAUGAAGCAUCAAGAGAGCUGUUAACUAUCAAUACUCAUCGUGGUUUGUUCCAGUAUAACCGUCUACCUUUCGGAGUCAAAACUGCACCAUCUAUUUUCCAGCAACUAAUGGAUACCAUCCUAUCAGGUAUCUCGGGAGUCGCGGCUUAUUUGGAUGACAUUUUAAUUGUAGCAACGACAUUAGAACAGCUAAGAGAACGCACGACAUUGGUACUGCAACGCAUCAGUGACAACGGUUUCCGGUUACGCCUAGAGAAAUGCCAGUUUUAUUUGCAGUCGGUAAAAUACUUGGGGUUCAUUUUCGAUGCCGACGGCCGCAGGCCGGAUCCUGAGAAUAUCCGAGCUAUCAAACUGAUGCCAACUCCUACUAAUGUCUCGUCACUACGUUCCUUCCUGGGACUUGUCAGCUAUUACUCAGCGUUCGUUCCAUCGAUGCAUGAUAUUCGCGCUCCACUGAAUAGCUUACUGCAGAAGAACAGCUCUUGGAGCUGGACUAAACAGUGUGACACUGCCUUUUGUAAACUGAAGUCCAUUAUUAGUUCGGAAUUGCUGUUGACACACUACGAUCCAGCCAUGCCGAUCAUAGUAGCUGCAGACGCUUCCGCCUAUGGCCUAGGCGCUGUUAUCUCCCAUCAGUUCCCGGAUGCAUCGGAAAAAGCCGUUAUGCAUGCUGCCCGCACACUAACCCCAGCAAAAAAAAAUACAGCCAGAUAGAAAAAGAAGCUCUUGCGCUUGUGUUUGCUGUGCGCCGUUUCCACAAGUUCCUGUACGGUCGGAGAUUCACGCUUCUCACAGAUCACAAGCCUUUACUCGCAAUAUUCGGGUCGAAAUCUGGCAUUCCAGCUCAUUCAGCAAAUCGCCUUCAGAGAUGGGCUUUAGCACUCUUGGGGUAUGAUUUCGAGAUCCAGUACCGACGCACUCAACAAUUCGGUCAGGCGGAUGCCUUAUCACGACUCAUUAGUGACCAGUUGGCGGCUGAGGAAAACACGGUAAUCGCAUCUCUGCUAGCGGAAGACCACGCCGAAUGUUAUCUGACGACCGCAAUACGAACUUUGCCGGUAUCUGCAGCGGACAUACAAAAUGCUUCUAAGAGCGACCCCAUCAUCAGGAUGACUAUGAGCUAUGUCACCAACGGUUAGCCGUCUAAGAAGUUUGAUGGUGAUAUAAAACAGCUGUAUCAGCGGCGGGAUUCUCUAUGCAUUGUGAACGACUGCUUGAUGUUCGGAGAGAGAGUGGUUGUGCCAGAAUCCCUUCGUGCAAAAGUGCUGAAACAGUUCCACCUUGGUCAUCCGGGGGUUAGACGAAUGAAAUCCAUAGCCAGGAGUCAUGCGUAUUGGCCGCUAAUGGAUCAACAUAUAACAGAAUUGGUUGGGAAGUGUAUGCGGUGUCAGCAAGCGGCAAAAAUGAACGCCAAAGUUCCACCAGUUUCAUGGCCACAACCUGAUCAUCCUUGGUCCAGAAUACACGUCGACUUUGCAGGCCCGAUUAACGGAACCAUGUAUCUAGUUGUAGUCGACGCCCUUUCGAAAUGGCCUGAAAUCAACCCUAUCAUACCGCCAACGACAACUAAAACAAUACAGAUCCUCACAGAAAUUUUCUCCCGAAAUGGUAUACCAGAUGCUAUUGUAUCUGACAACGGUUCACAGUUCACCUCCAGCCAAUUCCAGUCAUUCUGUCAACGACUAGCCAUAAAGCACUUACGCUCGCCACCAUACCACCCGCAGUCGAAUGGGCAAGCAGAAAGGUUUGUGGAUACGUUUAAAAGAGCCUUGGCUAAAACAAAAGGGGAGGGGACGCCAGCAGACGCAUUGCAAAAUUUCUUAUACGUGUAUCGAACAACACCAAAUGAGAUGUUGCCGGAGCGAAAGUCCCCAGCAGAGAUCCUAAUGGGAAGAAGACUGAAGACGAUCCACAGCCUGAUGCAUCCAAGUAAUGCACCUACACCUGUACGGAUAAAGUUUGAAAAGCGAUCCGCGUACGAAGUGGGAUGUCCUGUGUUUGCCCGUGAUUACAGACCGACCCAUAGUCCAUGGACAGAAGCGCGAGUGGUCAGAAGAGUUGGCCGAGUCAUGUACGAAGUUGAGGUAGGCAGCGACAGGUGGCAACGCCAUCGGAAUCAGUUACGCAAACGGUUAGCACCAGACUGCCCAUCAACAGAAUCAAGUAUUCCUCUUGACAUCCUGCUAGACACAUUCAACUUACCGGCAAACCCACCAAAAGAAAAACCUCAACAACAAGCUGAAACACGUCACAGACGGUGGCCUAUCCGAGAACGGCGAGCAACAGUCAGGAUGCAGGUUGACCCCAGGAAAGCCCACUAUUAAAGGGGGAGGAGUGUUGGGGACGAUAGAUCCCCAAACUCAUAUUUUUAAAUUUUGUCUUAUCGAUCAUCGAAUCGAUUAAAUGUUAGAUAUUUUUAUUGGGGUCAAUUCAUGAACUAUCGAUUAAAGGCGCAAAUAGAUCAAUUGAUGAACUAUCGAUUAAAUGUACAAAUAGGUCAAUUGAUGAACUAUCGAUUAAAUGUUCAAAUAGCAGUCAAUCGUUGAUUAAUGUUCAAAAAUCUUCCAUGACAAUAUCGAUUGUAAAUAUUUGUAUAAAUACGCUUGACUUGUAUGCUUGAUCUGCCUGCCUGACUUGUUAUCUGCUGUUUGUCUGUAGAAUACACUUUCUACACCUUACCCAGACUUCUUGAUCGAGUUAGCAGAGUUGGGGACAACGAACCAGAAUAGGCUAUCGAGUCGCUGAAUCAUUGAUCCUUCGUUCGUUCGAGUAAGACGCAUCAGUAAUAGCAUUCAAGCAAUAACGAAGCAUAACAGAAUGUAUUCAAGGUUAAUAAAAUGUAAUACUGUAAAUGCAAAUAUACAACCUUAUAACAGUUAAUAACAUCCAACUAUGAUGUUUCCAGUUAAGAAUCAUAUCAAACUCAACAAAUUCAAGGUACUUUAAAGAAACCAUUUGAGAUUGAUAAGUGCCCAAAGUAGAUAACACGAUAAGGCAAAAAAAAAACAGAGAAAAAGUUGUUAGAAAACACUUUAUAAUGGACCAAAUAAACAUUCGGAAAUCCCAUAAAAGUUUUACUAAAAGACAAAAACAGUAAAUCAUAAGAAAAAUCGAAUGCUACUACUACUACUACUACUACUACUACUACUACUACUACUACUACUUUGACGGAUUACAGUGUGAAGUGGUGCAUGGAGGACAACUGAUAGAUGCAUUCCAUGAAAGGACCGAAGUCAGACAAGGUCGCUUACUUUCUUCCUUCCAAUUUCUUCUGGUGAUCGACUGGGCUACUUUUAUUUAUCUACUUAAGUUAAUAGAGAAUAUAAGAAAGUCAAAUUAGAAAACAAAUCUAUUUUUUCAAUAUGGUGGCUUAAUACUACAUUACGUAAAUGAGAAUUAAUUAAGAAAAAACAAACAAACGGAAAAUUGACUUUUCUUAAAAUAAAAAAAUAGUAGUUAGGAUUAAAUAUAAAAAAUGAACACAAAGACGAUUAAUAAUAUAUUGAAGUCAUAAUUUUUGUAUAACUUCAAAGCUUGGCCCUAUGGUUUUUAUUCAAUGUAAAGAAAUGGAAUCUCUUUAGGACUAUAGUAGUUUUAAUUUCCACCCGUGAUUCCGCGUGCGGGAUCGUAGAUACACACUGAGGAGGAGUCUCAUAUUAGGACGGAAUGGUCAUUCAGUGCUUCCAGGUUUUCAGUGGUGGUCUAAAUUGAUUCAUUCAUAGUAUUGUAGGGCCAGUGAAAUGUUACUUAGCCCUAGCCAAAUCAUCCGGCAGUUGGGUCACUGAAUAUCGAACAGAUCAUCGAUCCAUUAUGAUGGUGGUCUCACUAUCUUCUCUGUACUCAUUUUUGCUAAUAUAUUUCCGUAAUAACGUCCCUUGUGUUUUACGGUUUUCAAAGCACCUAUAGUACCUCGAUACGACGAAAGGGUAAUCCACAUUAGGUGUUGACCUCGAGAUGUGACUUCGAUGUUAGCUGUUGGUCACAUCAUUCCCGUCCGACUCAAGUAGGCCCACAAUCGUUCAAUGUAGAUCAUCAACGUUGAUGAUCUACAAUAUCAGUCUAAAAUCAACAAUAUUCACAGCCCUAUACUGAUAAGGUAUUUAUUGUCUUAUGGGUGAUUAAGCUGUACCAUAUUUGUUUAAGUCUUUUUAAUAAAAAUAGCG